AUGUUCGCUACGCCUAGACAGCGCCAUCACUUGCCCGCUCCCUUCCUCAACAGCUCAAAGCGCCGCAAACUCUCGGCCCCAGUCGAAUCCAUCAAUUUCGACCCCUCCGCUCGCCAAGAAUACCUGACCGGUUUCCACAAAAGAAAACAGGCGCGCAUGAAACAUGGCCAAGAAGUCGCAGCGAAGAAGGCCAGGGAAGAAAAGAUCCAGGCGAGAAAAGCAAUGAGAGAUCAGCGGAAAGCUGAGCUUGCAGAUCGAUUAAAAGCCAUGGAAGGGGAGUUGCGGGGGAUUGAAGGGUUGGAGAAUGAAGAUCGGAAUGAGGACAAGAAGGGUAGCGGAUUGAGUGAGGAUGAUGACAUUGAGAUUGGAGACGUGGCUGGUGACGCUGGACAGGAAGAGAUGAACCGGGAUAGGGAAGACGAAUAUGUGGAUGAGGAUAGAUUUACCACUGUUACGGUGGAGGAGGUCGGCAUUGACAGGGAUGGCUUCCAUCAGGUGCGAGAGGAUGAAGAGGAAGACAAAGACGCUGCAAUGAGGGCGAGCAAGAACGACGUGAGUGCAAAAAGCGGGGACACAAUGCACGCGGGGAAGAGGAAAGGAGGUGCAGCAGUAAAGACGAAGAAGCGGAAGAAAUUCAGAUAUGAGAGUAAGGCAGAGAGGAAGUUGGGCAAGCAGAAACAGAAGCUGCGCAACGGCGCAGCCAAGGCACGGAGGGAGGGACGGGGGUAG